AUGUCUCAGCGCGCGGGACCUUACGCUGGUAUGAACAAUGCUCACGCGUACCAGCAGCCUCAGCAACGUGAGCGGGAUGCAGGAUUUACGUCUAAACAGAUGCUGGAUGCCUAUAUCUACGAUUUCCUGCUGAAAUCAUCUCUAAAGAAUAGCGCUUCCACGUUUUGCCGAGAAGCCGGUAUUCUUGAUGCGACUGGGGAACCAAAGACGCCUUCGGUGCUCGAUCAGGUGAAAGAUGCGCCUCAGGGUUUUCUGUAUGAAUGGUGGCAGAUUUUUUGGGACCUUUUUAACGCCAGAACGCAUAAAGAAGGGUCUGUGAUAGCGAGAGAGUUUUCGAGAAUCUUAGCAAAUAAGCAAAAAGAAGAGCAUGCGUACAGAUCUCAAGCAGUUCAAGCUGCCAUGUUGCAGCAGAUGGCUGAACAACAAGGAGAAUGUCCAAGAGGGGCUUUUGAGUUCUUUCAGGCGUCUGGUGUCAUCCCCAACCCAGAUUAUGUAAAUCACGCCUUUCAUCCCAGUGCCAGCUCGUACACUAGAAACGAGCCGUCAAACAUGGCCAAUCAAGCCCAUGUUUCAUCGCAUAUACCACACUUUGUGCCAUCCAACGUAGGCACCAACAUUCCUGGCUGGCCAGUUUAUCCGAAUCAAAUACCAUCUCAUUUCGUGAAUAGCACGACAGGUAACCAUAUACCAAGCCAUGCCGCCCCUACUACGCACGUCAAUCAGUACCAGACAAGCGGCCCGGCGCCUUCACCAGGCUCUCAAUCUGUGGGUUCUAAAACCAAACAGAGCCGUCCCUCAUCUACGAAGAAAAAGAAGCAUGCCUUAAACCUAGCAGGAACUCCUGGUUCGCCUGAGAACUCUACUGCAAGUUAUAAGGGUUCGAUGACUGGCCUCUCUGGUAAAAUUUCUGGCAUCGAAGGUCUUCAUAACUACCAAAGACAGCUGAUAAUGUCUGAGAUAGAGUACAAUAAUCAAAACAAGAAGAACAGUCCCUCAUCCAGUACAGGUGUUGGCGGAGGAUCUAAAAAGCACAUGUUGCCGCCGUCGGCAGCGUUUUCACCACAUACUGUCUCUCCUGCAUCAGCGGGCAUUCCUAACAUGAACAUGAUCAGCUCUUCAAAACGCAAAAUUACUCGUCGAACGUCAGCGAGCCAAAUCUCAGGGCCAGCAAAUAAGUCGACGCGCAGUUCGCUGUCAGACAGUCCCUGUACGCCGGUAACGCUUGGUCCAGUGAGCGGAGGUGAUCUCAGUGACAAGCAGAUUGCGCCUAAUCCUCCCACGGAGCUGAGCAAACAGUCUUCUGCCGGUUCUCACGAGUCUUCAGGCAAGAAAAGCGUCAAGAAGGUACGAAAGACCAAGAAACCGCAAUCGAUCACUUUCAAUAAGAACAAUUUCAACUUUCUCAGUUCCAACUCGGUUCCCACUCCUCCAAACGAAUCGCAACAGAGGCCGCAACACAGAACAUCGAGCAAAUCUAACAAAAAACCAUCUUCGGUCCGACCUAACACCAAGACGUUCAAAUCAGCUGCUGAGGCCAGUCCGCAGUUGCUAGUUGACGAUGGCUCCAUGGCGACGCCCACCUUCAUCAAAUCGGUCUGGAACAGUAAUGGCAAAGCCCAGAACACACCACAUGCGAAUCUCACCUUUGUGGAAGACAACCCCGCGCAUACCGGCGGUGCUGGUUUCGCCAAUGUCGACUCCGUCGCAGGCAGUAGCAGUGGGGCCUCAUACCAGUACAGCGAAACCGAGGCAGACGACAUCUUAUCCAUGAACGCUAUUCUUCCAAUGCACGAAUCUGCUGCAGCAAAGGAUGAAGUACCGUCUACCGAUGUUGUGGCUGCGGAGCAAACUGCUUAUGAGAAUAGCAAUCCGGAAUUCAAUCUAGAUCUGCUGGAACCGAGUGAGCAUUCCUUCAACUUUUUAAGUUGGCGACAAUAA